ACAUUUUUUCUCUUUCUUGAAACUUGAUCUUCAAGAUUCAAGCUUUCAUUCAUUCUUUCAAGCCAUGAGAGAUAGAGGCAAAGCUGUGGAGUUAGCUCACAACUUUGACAUGGAGUACUAUUGUUCUUCAUCUGAAAUGCCAUGCAACAAACACCCCAACUCUUCUCCCAUUGGAAUAUGUGCUUAUUGCUUGAAAGAGCGCCUGGCUCUGCUGGUGUGUUCAGAUUGCGGUGAGCAGCGUCUCUCUUCUUGUUCUUGUUCUGAGAUCUCAUCCUCGUCGAAUCGAAACUCAUGUGCUGGGGAGGUAGGGAGUGUUGGGAGAGUCUCGUUUCUGAUUGAGAAUGAGAAGAACGAGGCUUUAGUUUCAAAGCAAAAGAUGAAACCCCAAGAGAAAGAGGAGGUUGUUGUGCUGAGGAGGAGCAGCAGCAGCUGUGCUGAGGUCAAGAAAAGUGGGUUUUGGAGAUUUGGGAGGUUGUUUAGGAAGAAGAGGUCAGAGAAGGAUUGUGGGAACAAAAGUGUUGGAGGCUUUGAUGAGAAAAGUGAGAUGUGGUUGGUCGAUCAUGUUGGUGUGUCAAGGUCUAGGUCUCUUUGUAGCUUUAGGGGUGGUAGUUUGUUUGAGUCAGAGGAUGGUGGUGAUCAUCUAAUGGUGUCUGGGGCUAGGAGUUCGAUCUCAGCUGCUAGGAGUUCCAGUGUCACAGCAGGUAUGGUUUUGGAUUCUGGAAGAAAGAGUGGGUUUAGUGAGGGAAGGAAAAGUGGGUUUAGUGAAGGGAGGAAGAGUGGUUUCAGUGAAGGGAGGAAGAGUGGUUUUAGUGAAGGAAGGAAGAGUAAUUUUAGUGAAGGGAGGAAGAGCGGUUUUGAUGGUGAAAAGAAAGAUGAAGUCUUGGUUUCUGAAUUAGGUAAUAAUGGUCAUGAUCAGUUCAAGGGUGUCAAGAAGAGUGAUUUUAAUGGAGCAACCAAGAGAGUUUUCUCACUCAAAGAGAGUGAUUUUAGUAGGUUGGAUGAGUCAAGGUUUAUUGAUUUGCAGCUUGAUUACUCAACAGAAUCCAAGCCUGAUUUGAAGAUGGGAACUUUGACAGGAUCAGAAUCCUUGUUUGGAAGCAUGAGGGGUAGUGACUUUGUGGCACAUGAAUAUGGUCCAGGUCAAUUUAGAGAUGGGAUUUUCAGUCAUAGUGGUUCUUGUAGAGUUACAGUGAAUGAGAGAGGGUUAAAGAGAGGAAGGAAAAGUUUAAAGGGUGGUUGGAAAUGGAUUUUCAGUCAUCAUCCGAGCUGGGGAUCAAGUACUAGGAGGAAGAAAGAUGAAGAUAUGAUGUUCAAAACCUGAGAAAACUGAUGGGUCAAAAUGACCAAAAUUCUCUGUUAUCUUCAGCUUUACAGAAAUCUUCUGUAUGUUAUUUUCUGUCUUAAUUCGCAUUUGUAGUUAGUCACUAGUUACCACAUUCACAUCACUGCCUCUCUAGUUUUUCUCCUCUUUGUAUUUAUGUUGCUGUUAGUGAAUGUUAAAGAAAAUAGCUCAUACUAACUGGGAUGUUUGCAUA